AUGAAUCCUAGCUCGUCAGCAAUUGUCACGGCCUUCAAUAAAAAACUACCAACCAAAAUAACAUAUGCAUAUACUUCCUCUACAAUCAAGUCAGACCCAGUUACAGUCUAUUUUAAGGAGGAGAUUAACACUUAUCACAGAUUAUUUAAUCACUACUUCCCAAGAAUUGGCGCUGCCACACUGCAGCUUAUCCAUUCUGUCAAUAUUGCACUGCAGCAGACAUGUCCUAGAGGGACUCAAAUUAUUUAUUGUACUGAGUCCACUAUAAAUACUCUAUUAUCUCAGCUUACUAUCCUAGAGAUCAAAAAUACAAACAUUAUACAUAAAGAUGAUUUCCAGCGCGCCGCCCUCUCAAAACAAGCUCACAAGUACUUAGAACAUUGCCCGUAUGUAGCAAUCUUCAACUACAGUACAAUAUUUCUAUUCAGUUUUCUGUGGCAAACAACAAAACCCGUAUGUAGGUUCUACUUCAAUAAAAGCAGGCGCACAUCAGGCAUGACUUUCCGUCGUCUCCUUUUUGCCUUUGUGGUUUGUGUAUUAAAGGAUUAUGAAGCACGAAUGUCACAGAAGCCAUAG